CAAGCAUCAUGCUGCGGCCACGAAGCCCCAAGUGCUGAAGAGCGGGCUUGAGCCACGCUUCGGGCGCGGAAUGGCGCCCAAGACCCAGAUUGCUGGGGAAGAAGAGCCACCAGCGAAGGUUGCCAAGACCAGCCAUGAAGGAGUGGCUGACGAGCUGGAAAAGGAUGCACUGAAGGAUGCGCGACCACGAAUCGCCGAGACAGUGGGAAUGGUGACGGAGGAUAGCACUCUUAAUGUCAUCCCCACAAGUGGUGGCAAGGUCCUGAUGGGCUUGUCCGAUGCGGGAUUGCAGUUCCUGGUGGCGGCUUCCCGCGCCAAUGUUGGAGUCAAGUCAGGGAGGUACAUGUUCGAAGUCCGAGUUGUGGAGGUCCUACUGCCAACCAUGCCAGGAGGGCGAAUGGCCCCGCUGCAGCCAAUUUCUCGGCAGCAGUGCCGGGUCGGUUUCUCCAAGAAAGGCUCCUCGCUAUUUCUUGGAGAGACAGAAGACUCAGUCUGCUUCGAUUCAGAUGGCUGCUUCAUCAACAACAAGCACAAGACCAACGUAGCAGAAAGGUUUGUCCGUGACAACGUUUUUGGGGUUCUCCUGAACUUGGACCCAGCCAGCCCAAAUGCGAACACCAUCAGCUUGUUCAAAGACGGCCGACGGGUGUCGAAGCCACAGCCGCUUCCUGAAGGGCUUGUUGGCCACGCCCUGUUUCCUCACGUUUCCUUCAGAAAUGUGACUUUGCAGGUGCACUUCGGACCUGGCCUGAUUGCACCAGUCCCAUUUGAGUGCUGCACCAUUCAGGAAGCAGCAAAGGAAGAUGCAGUAAUAGCAUCCUCGAGCUGUAGCCAAGAUGGCAAGUUUGAGAUCCUGUUUCCCAUUGCACUUCCAGAUGAAGGAACCUUCGAUUGGUUGGACGACUUCUUGGAGAAUCAUCCUGGGUACACUGAAGUCAGUGAUCGAAAGAUUGUGGAAUGGGCUACAGGAAGUGGUCUGGGAAAGCCCAGGACCACAUCCUUGAAGAACAGCAACGACAAGCCCGACGUCACCUUCGGAAUUCAGGCGCUUGAUGAAAUGACUCCGAGAAAACUUCUCUACACCAUAGCCCCUUUGAUUCCGCGGAACUACGUGGUGAUGGAAGUGAAAUCCAAUCUUCUGAAAUCUGAACGACAGGACUUGCUGCAUCGCUUUGACCUGCCACACUUUCGGCGCGUUGCUGCUGUGGUGGUGGGUGAGCCGCCCGAGAGCUUCAAGGUCAAAGUUCGAGCAGCCGUGCUGGCUGAGAAGCAGGAGAAGCUGGACACAGAGUGGAAAAUUCAGAAGGAGCGGAGACGGCAGAUGGAGAUGCAGCAAAAGCUCGUGAGAGAAAAGAUGGAGAAGCAAAAGGCAAUGGAGGAGGCUCAGAUGAAGAUGUUCGAAGCAACCAAGGCGGAAGGAGCUGAAGCGAAGGACGAAGAGGUGAAGACAGAAGAGGUCAAAGAAGAGGGCGUCAAGGAGGAGCCGGAUGUUGAGAUGAAAGAGGAACCACAGGAAGAAGAGCAGCCUCCAGUGGCAGAACUUGAUGAAGAGGAGCAGAAGCUUUGGUUCUUGCCACGACCUGUUACCGACAUGGUGGCACCUGUUUUCAACAGUACCUUUGCAGAUUUCACACUUCCCACAGAUGAAGAAAACUUCACGGAGAUUCGCUACGAAUGGGCAACAGAGCUUGCAAGCAAGGAGUACAUGAGGUCGUGGAUGCAAGCGAAGAAGAUCACCAGCCGCGUAGAGGAUCUCGUGCCGUCCGAGUGGUUCAACGCCAGAGUGGGCGAUUGGUCGAAGUUGUCCAACGAGUGGCAGGUGAAGCAGAAGGACUUCAAGGCAGAUCCACUCAGGCAGCAAGCCGCGGAGCUUCGCGCUGACAAGGAGAAGAGAUACCACCAGAAACAAGAAAGGGAGAAAUCAAAGGAGGCUGGAAGUGCCGAAGGUGAAGCUGAGGCAGAAGCUGAGGCAACUGCAGAUGCUGAGCUCGAGGGCUUUGUCCCUCCGGACGUUUUCACCGUGGACGUCAAUGACAUUGGCGAAGGAGAGCCGCUGUUUGCGAACUUCACCUUCGAGGACUGGGCAUUGAUGAACCUGCGCUUUGAGAUAUCUUUGCUCAUGCAAUUCUUCCGACAGGAGGUGACAGAUCCAGAGAGGCCAGGCAUCCACGAGUCCCACGUCGGCUACUACUACAACCGCUGUUUCAGAAAAGCAUUGAACCCGAAGUUGUUUGGUGUCACAACAGCUGCGGAAGUCUGUGACUUCAUCAAAGACGUCGUGACGGUCCUGGACAAUGGGAUCCUAUCACCUGUACUGACUGAAGAACAGACUGCCGACCUGGAGAAGUUGUUGCGCCUCACAGAGGAAGCUCGGAGAGAAAGGCAACAGCGUUUGGAGGGUGGUGAUGAAAGCUGCAGGCUGAAAUUCUCGGCCAUCAUGCAGCAGCAGAUGACCCAGUCGCAUCAGCCGUCCUGGGGAGGGAAAGGUGGCCCAAUGCCCAAGUCUGGCGGAUGGCCGGGCGCUGCUCAAUGGCCUGGAGGGCAGCCCGUGGCGGCUCGCCCAGGCUUUGUGCCCCGGCCCAACAUGCCGCCAGGACUUGCAGCCAGAGGUUGGGGUCCAUCCUAUGGUUGGGCUGGUGGCUACCAAGGCUGGUGAUGCAGACCCUGUCCAAGCGAGAAAAAAAGGAUGGCUGCC